AUGAAGGGGGCACGGCGGGGUAGGGGUCCAGCGAAGCAGCCCAAGCCGGCGCAGGCUUCCAAGUCUGGCGGACCGCAGCAGCAGCUCCCCGACAUCCGUGCCUUCCUCGCAGCCGCACCUCCGCCCCCACGUCCGGCCAGCCCAGCUCCCGCCGCCGCCACUUCGCCGUGGCUGCGCCGGUCGGACCGCCCCCAAGGCCUCGAAGAUGAAAGGAAAAAGAAGAAGAAGAAGAAGAACAAGGGUGGAGAAGAGGAUGACGACGCGGCAGCCGCGGCCUGGACCGACUUGCCGGCUCCCGUGGCGGCCUUUCAGCUGCCACCCUUCCUCUUUCGUGCCUCGGCCUCGGCCACGGCCACCACCGCGACCAGCAGCUCGUCUCGAGCAUCGACAUCGGCGUCAUCGUCGACAGCCGGUGGUGACGGGGAGGCGGAGGAGCCUAGCUUCGAGGAGGUGGAGGACGCGUCUCUGUCCAGCACCUGGGGCGGCGGCGGAUCGGAGCCGGCGCCCGCGUCUCCUGAGGGCGGCGGCGGCGACGCAGAGCGGCAGUGCGGCGGCCUCGUGGUGCGCCUCAAGUCGCCACCGGUGACCACCACCACGACCACGACCACCACCGCCUCCAGUCCUGCGCCACAGUCCCACCACGCGGAGGACUCGCUUCUGAGCCCCGAAGACGAAGAGGACUACGACAACUACACCAGCAAGGGCGGUGAACCGUCGAAGGCGACCGGGCGUACGAGCGGCGGCGGCAGCGGCAGCGGGGUCCUGGAGGGCGAGGCGCGGCAUCUGCGCGUGCUGCGCCAGCACGUGGCGCACCACAGCUUCUUCCGCCAGCACGACGCCGCCGAGCGGGCGAAGAGCGAUCUGGCGCAGGGACAGAACCGCUUGUUCGAUCUGUGGGACUCGCUCGCACCGACCACCAUCACGGCCACCGCCGUGUCACCACCGCCCACGACGCCACCCGCCCGGCCCGUGCCAUCAACAGCAAUCACGGCUACUUCAACAAGUACGACAACCACAGCGACGACAAAGACGACGAAAACGAAGGCAACGGCUACGAAGAAGCAGAACGAGAAGAAGAAGAAGAGAGCGAAGAAGGACGAGAACGAGGCCGAGGGUGGAGCGAAGGAGGAGAGGGAGGAGGCGGCGGAGGCGUCGUUACCGACACCACCGAAGGAACCGCCGCGAGCGCAGGUAGGGUCGUUUUCGUUCGCCUUCACCCUGCCCUCUUCGGCCUCCGCGGCCGCGCCUCCGCCAACGCGCAAGCGGGCACCCCGCGCAACCAAGCCAUCGACGACCACCACGGGCAGCACCGCCAAGCGAAAGCGCACCACCGCCGAGAAGCCAGCCUGA